GAAAAUGACCAGUACCUUCCUAGCAUGACGACCUUUGACCAUGUGAUUGCUACCCACCAAUCGGAGUGGGUCUCCUUCACUGAGGAGCCACCCUGUCCUCUCUCUUCUGAGGGGGGCACCGAAGAGCACCUCCAAGGACUGUCAUCUUCCUCAGACCAGUCCGAAACCUCCUCCAGGGAGAACCAUGUUGUGGAUGGAGGCUCCCAGGACCUUUCCCCCUCAGAGCAGGAUGAUUCCUCGGAAAAGAUAGGCCUCAUCUCUGAAGUGGCCUCCCUUCCUGAGAGCCCUGGACAGCCCACUCCUGACCUGGCGUCAGCCAUCAGCAACUGGGUUCAAUUUGAGGAUGACACACCCUGGACCAGCACAUCAUCACCUCAUAAAGAAGCAGGUGAGACAGCUCUACCAUUGACCAUGCCCUGCUGGACAUGCCCUUCCUUCGACUCCCUGGGGAGAUGUCCUCUGGCUUCUGAGAGCAGCUGGACCACCCAUUCUGAAGACACCAGCAGUCCUAGUUUUGGUCCUUCAUACACAGACCUGCAGCUCAUCAAUGCUGAGGAGAAGAUGAGUGGCAGGGCUUCCGGGGCUGACUCAACUGACAAUUCCUCCUCUCUUCAGGAAGAUGAAGAAAUAGAAAUGGAGGCCAUCAGCUGGCAGGCGAACAGCUCAGCCACGAAUGGGCAUCCUGCCAUUCCAGUGACCUCUGCUCGUUUCCCCAGCUGGGUCACUUUUGAAGACAAUGAAGUCAGCUGCCCUUUGCCACCAAUCACCUGUCCUCUGAAGCCAAACACACCACCUAUUGCACCUGUGAUUCCAGAUGUACAUAAUAACUCAACUGGGUCUUUCAAGAAGAGAGAACGUCCCAAGAGCACUUUGAUGAACUUCUCUAAAGUUCAGAAGCUGGACAUUUCCUCCUUGAACCAUCCACCUUCCAUAGCCGAGGCUCCACCUUGGAGAGCAACCAACCCUUUCCUGAAUGAGACUCUGCAGGAUGUGCAGCCCUCUCCUAUCAACCCUUUCAGCGCUUUCUUUGAGGAGCAGGAGAGGCGCUCCCAAAACAAGUCCAUUUCUAGCACCACAGGCCAAAGCCAAAGAGACUCCCUCAUCGUCAUCUACCAGGACGCUAUCAGUUUUGAUGACUCAAGCAAACACCAGUCACACUCCGAUGCUGUUGAAAAACUCAAGAAACUCCAGAUUGAUGAUCCUGAUCACUUGGGCAAUGCUGCGUUACCUGACGAUGACCCAAUAGCCUGGAUUGAACUAGACGAUCACCCCCCCGCUUCAGCACCACCCCAGGCCAGAGAUGGAUGGCCAAUGAUGCUAAGGAUCCCUGAGAAAAAAAACAUUAUGUCUUCCCGGCACUGGGGACCGAUAUAUAUCAAACUUACAGAUAGCGGCUAUCUGCAAUUAUAUUAUGAGCAAGGCCUAGAAAAACCAUUCCGUGAGUUCAAGCUGGAGAUCUGCCAUGAGAUUUCAGAACCUCGGCUCCAGAACUAUGAUGAGAAUGGUAGGAUCCACAGCUUGCGGAUUGACCGUGUCAGCUAUAAGGAGAAGAAGAAGUAUCAGCCCAAACCAGCCAUAACCCACACAGCAGAGAGGGAACAGGUGAUGAAGCUGGGUACCACCAGUUACGAUGACUUCCUGAGCUUCAUCCGUGCGGUUCAGGACUGUCUCAUGGAUUUGCCAGUGUCAUCAAUGGACUUGAGCACUGUUGGUUUGAACUAUCUUGAAGAGGAGAUUACAGUGGAUGUCAGAGAUGAAUUCUCUGGCAUCGUGAGCAAAGGAGACAAUCACAUUCUGAAACACCACGUCUUGACACGGAUUCACAUUCUGAGUUUCCUCUCUGGGCUGGCAGAGUGCCGCUUGGGCCUCAAUGACAUCCUCAUCAAGGGGAAUGAAAUAGUUUCCCGGCAGGACAUCAUGCCUACCACCACUACAAAGUGGAUCAAGCUCUAUGAGUGCCGUUUCCAUGAGUGUGUGGAUGAGGGUGUAUUCAGCAACUCACGGGUUAUUCUGUUCAACCCUUUAGAUGCAUGCCGGUUUGAGCUAAUGCGGUUCAGGACAGUGUUUGCUGAGAAGACCUUGCCUUUCACACUCAGGACAGCAGCAAGCAUCAAUGGCGCAGAGGUGGAAGUGCAGAGCUGGCUUAGGAUGUCAACUGGCUUCUCCUCUAACUGUGACCCUCUCACUCAGGUUCCUUGCGAGAAUGUGAUGGUUCGUUACCCUGUGCCCAGUGAGUGGGUGAAAAAUUUCCGCAGAGAAAGUGUCCUGGGGGAAAAGUCCUUGAAAGCCAAAGUGAACCGGGGGGCAAGUUUUGGCUCAGCUAGCCUGUCUGGCUCUGAGCCUGUCAUGAGAGUAACUCUGGGAACUGCCAAGUAUGAGCAUGCCUUCAACUCCAUCGUGUGGAGGAUAAGCCGACUCCCUGACAAAAACUCAGCUUCUGGCCACCCACACUGUUUCUUCUGCCACCUUGAACUUGGCUCUGACCGGGAAGUGCCUUCCAGAUUUGCCAGUCAUGUGGAUGUCGAGUUCAGCAUGCCUACAACCUCUGCCUCCAAAGCUGCUGUAAGAUCCGUCUCUGUGGAAGACAAGAUUGACGUCAGGAAGUGGGUCAAUUAUUCCGCACACUACAGCUACAAGGUGGAGAUUGAGCAAAAAAAGAGUUUGAAGCCAGAUUUUGAAGGAGAUGAGAUGGAAAAUCCUAAAGAGUGUGGGAUCCAGUGA